AUGCUGUCCAAUUCAUCUGACGCAUUAGAUAGUUUGUGUUAUGUUUAUACUUAUAGAAAUGUCAGCAUCUCAUCUAACUAUUGGACAACUGUGGUAACCAGUGUUUUUGCGUUUCUUCUCGCUCCCAUGACAGCGACUGGGAAUGCUUUCGUUUUGGCAGCAAUUUGGGGAAACCCGGCGCUAAGGACUCCAUCCCAUGUGCUUCUUGCUGGAUUGGCCUUCACGGAUUUUUGCACAGGACUAAUAAGUUUGCCAGUUAUGGUUGCGUCCAAGUUAGCACAUUUAUGGGAAAGCAGUCUGACAUGCACACUUGUUCUGAUUUCAUUUAGUGUUAGUCAUUUUUUCACCUGCUUGACAGUCGCUGUCAUAGCGAUGGCUGCUGCAGAAAGAUGGCUUUGCAUGAGCCGGAGGUCUCUUCUUACAGUACGCCGAGUUAUUAUUCAUUACAUCAUAAUUGUGUCCAUGAUAACUGCCUUUGUAACUGUCCGCGUUUUCAGUUUUCGGUAUCUAUCGAAGGACAUAGACAAUUUGCUGAAUGGAGCUUUUUUAACGGCGGCGGCAAUUUGUAUUCUGGUCAUGGCAGUUUCUUAUUACAAGGUGUUUAGAAUACUUCGUCACCAUCAAAAAGGAGUUCGAGCAAAUCAAAAUUCCAUUAAUAUUGCAAAAUACAGAAAAUCUAUAUUCACUGUUCUAUAUAUACUUGCACUUUUUGUGAUCAGUUACCUCCCCUAUCUGGGUAGCGCGUUAACCUUUUACGUUUUGCAAGAAUUCGGAGACAUGUUCCUAACAUGCUCCAAUUUUUUACUUCGAUCAUUGUUUAUUCUUCUUCGCUUUGAAUCCUUUGCUUUAUUGCUGGAGGAUGAAGGAGAUAAAGAUGGGUGUAAAAAGCUUGGUAAGAAAAAUAUUUUGUAA